UCCUUCAAACUGAAUUAACUGAUCUUAUUUUUUUAUGAAUUUAUCAUCUUCCUGUUAACGGUGAAUUGAUCUUAUUUAUUCCAUCUUCAACAAACAAACCCUAAUUCCAAAAUUAGACGAAGAAAUCAAUGGAUGAACCUCAAAAAUGUCGAAUUCUCAAGUCUUCCUCCGACUACCCACCUCCUCAAGGAGUGAAGUUAUCAUACGGUACAUCUGGAUUCAGAGAAGAUGCAUCAAUUCUGCAGUCUACAGUGUUUAGGGUUGGAAUAUUAGCAGCUCUUCGAUCUUUAAAAACCCAAUCAGUAAUUGGGUUAAUGAUCACUGCAUCUCAUAAUCAAGAGAGUGAUAAUGGUGUUAAAGUUGCUGACCCAUCUGGUGCUAUGCUCACUCAACAUUGGGAGCCUUUUGCUAAUUCUAUUGCCAAUGCCGCCUCGCCCGAAAACCUUGUUCAGUUGAUAGAUGACUUUGUAAAGAAGGAAAACAUCCCUUUUGAUGGAUCCAGGUCAGCAGAGGUACUACUUGGAAGAGAUACGAGACCUAGUGGUGAAUCGCUUCUUCAAGCUGCUAAACAAGGAAUUAAUUCAAUCAUUGGAGCUCUUGCAUUUGACAUGGGAAUUUUGACGACUCCGCAACUACACUGGAUGGUUCGUGCUAGAAAUAAGGGCAUGAAAGCAACUGAAGCUGAUUACUUUGAGCAGCUUUCUAGCUCAUUCAGGUGCUUGAUUGAUUUGAUUCCUGAUGGACACAAAAUUAACGAGGCAGAUGACAAAUUGAUUGUUGAUGGGGCUAAUGGCGUAGGUGGAGAAAAACUUGAAGUUUUGAAGAGGAUGUUAAAUGUGUCCUAUAUAGAGGUUUGUAAUUCUGGAAAAGAUGGAGGGGUCCUCAAUGAAGGAGUUGGUGCUGAUUUUGUUCAGAAAGAAAAGAUAGUUCCACAAGGAGUUGGUUCUGAGAAUGCUGGGAUAAGGUGUGCGAGCUUGGAUGGAGAUGCUGAUCGACUUGUUUACUUCACUGUGCUGGAAAGUAAUAGCAGCAGGAUUGAUCUUGUUGAUGGGGACAAGAUACUAUCAUUAUUUGCUGUCUUCCUGAGGGAGCAAUUGAGUGCUCUUAACAAGGAAAAAGAUGAAAAACUCGAUGACUGUUUUGAAGCUCGUUUUGGUGUUAUACAGACAGCUUAUGCUAAUGGAGCUUCUACGGAUUAUCUCAAGCAAUUAGGCUUAGAAGUUGUCUUUACCCCAACAGGAGUAAAAUACUUGCAUGAGCAAGCUGCUCGAUAUGAUAUUGGGAUUUAUUUUGAGGCCAAUGGCCAUGGUACUAUCCUAUUCUCAGAAAAUUUCCUAUCUCGGUUAGAGUCAAGAUGCAAUAAGCUAUCUUCAGAAUAUAAAGGUUCGGAGCAACAUAAUGCUGCUUUGAGACUAUUAGCGGUUAGUAAAGUGAUGAACCAAGCUGCCGGAGAUGCUUUAAGUGGUUUGCUCUUGGUGGAAGCCAUUUUAAGACACAAGGGAUGGUCAAUACACAAAUGGGGUGAACUUUACCAUGAUCUACCAAGCAGGCAACUUAAGGUCAAAGUUUUGGACAGAACUGCUGUUGUUACUGCAAAUGCAGAGACUCUGGUUGUGAAACCCCUUGGCAUUCAAGAAGCCAUUAAUGCAGAAAUCGCGAAAUACAGUCACGGCCGAUGUUUCGUUAGACCAUCUGGUACAGAAGAUGUUGUACGCGUAUAUGCAGAGGCAUCCACUCAAGAAGCGGCUGAUAGCCUCGCUAACGCUGUUGUUAAACUUGUCGACCGGCUCCUAGGAUCUGGCAGUACCAGAUAGAAUUUCUCUUGCAUCAACAUGAUGACUAAAUCAUUAAAAUAGAUAAGGUUCUGAUUUCACCGACUUGAAUUUUCGAUUUUAUACUGUUAACGGAUGUUCAUGUUGAUGUUUGCGGUGUUUCCAAGGACAUAUUUAAAUACUUUUCCAUUAUAUAGAUUUAAAAUUUAGAUUUGAAA